GGUUGUUCGGCGGCCUCUUCAAGUCUCGCCGAGUUUUCAAGGUUCUGCAUAGGGUGUUAAAUGUUACUUUUAAAACCACUAGCAUAAAGCGUUGAAGUAUAGAAUAAUCGUCUUUUGGACUACGCAAAUUUACGAAUUUGGAAUUUUCCGUCAGCUGUGGAAACUGAUCUCUUCAUAACAGGAAAUCCUAUGUAAUUGGGUAACCAAUUGAAAUGCCAUUGCAUUAUUACUCACUUCAAACUCGUUGUGCACACUGGUUAUUAGCUCGAAUCAGUCUCUUUCAGUCAGUUUGCCUGUUGUUAUGGUUAGGCGAGCGAGCUUAUCAUGAAACAGAGCCACCUAUACAUCCAUGGAUAGUUUAUACGUAUAUUGGCUCUGGUUUGAUCGCAUCAACUGGAAUAACGAGUCGUUUCUUAACACGAUUAUCAUUAACCAUAAUCCUCUUAAGUCAGUUGUACAUAACAUAUGUGUUUUGUUUAGAAAAACGUUUAGGGUAUUCAAAAUGUAUCCGUGCACGUAUUAGUUUAAGAUGUUUGACUACUAUUGGUGUAUAUUUUCGACUGCUUGGAGUGAAUGGCUAUAAUGAUAAACGAAAACAGACAGAUUCACACAAUAACGAUAACCAGGUUGAUCAAUUGCACAGAAUCAAGCCUACUACAAGUGUUUAUGCUUUCGGCUUAACUAUAAUGUCUGUAUCAUUAUGUUUAUUAAGUAUAUUCUGUAUACCUGUAGAAAUAUUCCAACUGGAUAGAGAUAUUCAAUUGACAGAAAUUAAUUCAACAUUAAUUCUAUCAAUGGACAAUUAUAUAUCUAAAUUGUUAAGUCUAAUUUUAGGCAUAUGUUUGUUAACAGCUGGUAUCAUCUACUCAAUUCCUGUAAUUAUACAUGAUCAAUUUCUAUUAAAUAAUACAUUUUCUUAUAAAAAUUAUUUAUUCCAAUUUGCUGAUUAUCUUAUUGGCUUUUCAUUUUUAAUAUUAUCUUUAAUUCGUGAUUGUAAUUUUAAUUAUUGGCAUAUUAAAGGAUGUGAAUUUUGGUUAGAAAUACGUGUACUUCUAGAGAAUAUUACUAUUCUCUUAGGUAUUUUUGUAAUAAAUGAUUUGCUUAUUAACAAUAGUGCAAGUAGCUUAAAUGAGAAAUAUUUAAAAACAUUGAAAGUGAAUAGUAAAUCAUUAAAAAGUCAAUAGAUUUAUGUAAAUAAAAGGAUUUCUCACUUUGUUACUUUAAUUUCUACUUCAUUUGUUGUUUUAUCAAAAGAUGUUUGUUUGUUUGUAUUUAACUGGUGAAUUAUAUGUAUUUUGUUUAUUGAAAUAGAAAAUGCGAACAAUAA